AUGCAUGUUCCGGCGCAUCCUCGGGAACUUAUGAACGGUGACUGUAUCAUCAGAACACACCACUUGGAAACUCUGCCCAAGGCAAACAUCGCGCUUAUAAUCUUCGCAUUUCCCGCCGCACCAUCCUCAUCCAAGAGACCGCCACACUCCAGGGCUGGCUUUCGCGAGGCGGUAUCAUCGUCCUCGAGCAUGCCAGCCCGGCGGACCUGGGCUUUCUACAUCUGGACCCGCUCGAUCUGCCGCUCUCCGGCUCUACUACAGCUGGGCGCGAAGUGUUGGUACAGUGACGCGCGCCGCGCGUUCGUCGUAAGGCUCGAGAAUGCGGACGAAGCUACCAUGGACGAACUGGAUGCAUACGAGAGCCUGGCGCCGUCGCGCCGAGAACCGGGAUGAGUGCGUGUUGCGUGGCCAUCGCACAGUGUAGAGCCAUUGUGCAUGCUCGCGUGCGAGAAGCUGAUUUUAGGGCGGAGGGGCAACGACAAGCUCAUGCCGGAGCAUUAUGGCGUGGCGGCUUUGGCAUGGACGAUAGAUAAGAGGUGUACUAUGUUGCAGCGAUUGGAAGGGCGUGGGAGGUGGGCUUUUAGGGGGCGAAACGGCCGUUGGAAGUUAAGUACUUUGUCGAUCCGAAGACCUAUGGAGGGUAUUCUAAUGAUGCGCUUGGUGGGUCCGGUGGGUACAGCUAGGUAGGAUUGUGUGCUGUGGGACGACCACUAGAUAGAUGAUGUACACUAAGCUCUAUUUUAAUAAAUCGAAUAGCAUCG